GUGUGCACACCUACAUAUGUGCAUGCAUGCCUGUGUGCCGCAUCCUACUGCUGCACCUGCGUGUGUAUGUAUGUAAGUACGGCGGUGUUCAUAUACGUCUGCAGUGAGCUACGUAGGACAAAGUGUAUGUCCACGAUUAUUCCACUGAGACAGGUGCUACACAUCAUCAUCCAAAUGUGGCUGCUGAUGUCGCUUCCCUCACUUCCCUCAUCCCACUACUCCGCCGGGGGUCUACCCCAUCCACCGCUCACCUACGUCCACACCCAGGCACUUGCCGCUACUCCGAGAAACCAGGUACACUUGAUCCGGGCUACAGCUCUGAAUGAUGCGCCACUGGCUGUUAAGGAACACGUUGCCCUCUCGGCCCGUCGGACCGUUCAAGCAGACAUACAAGAUGAUCUGCAUGUACAUAUACAAGCAAAUUCGUGA